CUUCGAUUGAGCAGCAGCAUGGUGUUUGGGCCACCGCCAACCGCGCUCAGCCGACGGGUGGUCGUGACCGGCCUUGGCGCCGUCACGCCGUUGGGUGUCGGCAUCGAAGCGACGUGGAAGCGGCUUAUUGAUGGGGAGUGCGGAAUCUCUGCGAUCACGUCCUUUGACACGACCGGAUUGGAAUGCAAAAUCGGAGGACAGGUGCCCGACACUUUCCAUGCGGUCGACCACAUCAACCCGCGCGAAGCGCGGAGCCAAGACGUGCGGUUCAUCUCGUUUGCUAUCGCUGCUGCAAACGAAGCCCUUCGGGACGCGAAUUGGACACCCAAAACGGAGCAAGACAAGGUGCGCGCAGGUGUCGCGAUCGGCGCCGGCAUUGGCAACCUCCAGGAGAUUGCUGACACAGGGAUGCUCAUCCAACAACAAAAGUUCCGCCGCGUGUCGCCGUUCUUCGUGCCCCGCAUCCUGAUCAACUUGGCAGCUGGACACGUGAGCAUGAUGCAUGAGCUCAAGGGUCCAAACCACGCAUGCACCACAGCGUGCGCUACCGGGAGCCACAGUAUUGGCGACGCCUAUCGCUUCAUUCGAAACGGAGAUGCCGACGUGAUGGUGGCGGGCGGGACCGAAGCCAGCUUGACUCCGUUGUCCAUUUGCGGCUUCCUUCGCGCGAAAGCGCUGGCGACCAAGUUCAACGAGUCGCCGCACCAAGCAUCGCGGCCAUUCGACGAGCACCGAGACGGGUUUGUCAUGGGCGAAGGCGCCGGCAUGUGCGUGUUGGAGGAGUACGACCACGCAAAAGCGCGGGGCGCGCGCAUUUACGGCGAAAUCCGAGGCUACGGGCUCAGCGGCGACGCGCAUCACUUGACCGCACCUCGCGAAAACGGCGAUGGAGCGUAUCGUGCGAUGGAGUCGGCCCUGCGGCAAUCGGGGCUCGAGCCAUCGGACAUUGACUACAUCAAUGCACACGCAACGUCGACGCCGCUCGGGGACGCGGCCGAAAACCGAGCAAUCAAGCGCUUGUUCGGUACACAUCCGUUCUCUUCAUGGGCCGUCGAUCCAACUUGACACGCACAGGCGCGCACGCGUACAACCUCCGCGUGUCGUCUACCAAGGUACGGGUCGACGUGCGUGCUGCGGCACGGUGUGCUGACGAAGGGGUGCAGGGGGCGGUGGGCCAUUUGCUCGGGGCUGCAGGCGCCGUCGAAGCCAUAUUUGCGCUCAAAGCGCUGCACGAGAACAUCGCGCCGCCGACACUCAACUUGACGCAUGCGACCGCCGAAUUUGAUUUGAAUUACGUGCCCCUCGUCGCCCAAGUCGCGCCGAUCCGUGCCGUCCUGACCAACUCGUUUGGGUUUGGCGGCACCAACUCGAGUCUGUGCUUUGCCGCGCUCGACUAGCGCCGCCGGGUAGUUCCUCGAAUACGCGAUGAAAAAAACAAGUGGGCCGGUGCCCAUGAAUUCUCACCACAUGAUGCGCGCGACGAUGCGGGUCCGCGGAUUCCACUCGUCGACGAGAGCCAGGUUUGUUUGCGGCGACGUGUCGCCCCGCGUUAGCCCGGUGCCAUGGGUCGCUGCCUCGACGAAAUAGUCGCGGGCGGCGCGCAACCGGCCGUGCUUCCAUGCACACACGCCCAUGUUGUUUAGCACAUGGGCGUACGUUGGGUGGUCGACGUAGAGGGCCGCGUAAAUGGCACAGGCAUCGUUUGUUUGACCGAGCAGCAUGUAGCACUUGGCAACGUGAAGCUGCGCCUUCAGUCCUGUGGCACGAGUCAGCACACUCUCGACGGCAGUG